AUGGAUCAAGUUAUUGGUUACUCACCCUGCUGGAUACGCGGUAGUAUAAUCGAGGAAAUAAUUUGGAUCGGCAAGGACGUGCUUGCCUGGUGCACCGGUUUGUACAUCGUGUUUUUUCACAUCGUCAAGAGACAGCAAACGUUGCGUUGGUGCUGGAACAAUGCGACCGGCGACGGUGCUCGUUGCAUAUCCAGUCACGUGUCCUCGCCAAUUUUUGCCUUCUCCGAGAGAUCGCUGAAUCCGCGAAUCUUCGUCCUCGCAUAUCCCUCGAUGGCGAAGAUCUGCGAGUGCGUUCAAGGAUGCAAAAGCGGUUACUUGGCGAUCGCGUUCACGUCCCGCGAUCAUCUCGUGUCGUUGGGCUCUUACCCGAAUUUCCCGAUGAUCGUAUGGUGUUGGAGAACGGGUGAGAAGAUCGCGAUCGUGGAUACGCCUAUACGCGAUGAAGUCGGUCAGAUAAUCAGAAUAACUCAGAUAGGACGCACUGUCAUUGGUCAAAUGGGAAAGACCUGCGGAAGACUGCUCACCUGGGAACUCGAUGUUAUCGGCAAGACUAUCAUCCUGAAAGAUCACGAAAUAAAACUACCACAGGAAGCUAUGAUCUUCGAUAUCAGUUGGUGUCCCACGUCGAAUCAGCCUUUAUUGGCCAUCACUGAUAAAGAUGGUCACGUAUAUUUGAGCGAUUACGACGGCACUAAUAUUCAUCGCAUAGUUGUUUCGCAACGCUGCGGAAUCUGCGUGGAUAUCGAGAUGCCGGCCGUGUGCUGGUUUCGCGAAGGGAUUAUUCUCAGGACCACUUUCUGUCAAAUUCGUUAUUUUAAAAAGGAGCCGAAGACUAACGCUUGGCGCAAGCAGUGGUACGUCAAGUCAAUCUACAAGCCGCAUAUAUUGGUCGCGCAUUCCUUCAGAAAUGAUUGGUUCUUCUACUACACUCUCGAGGGAUACCUAAUGCAGAUCAUCUUCCCUGAAGACACAGGCACCAUACCAACAAUCUAUAGAUACUUGCACUAUGGCGGUAAAUAUCAGUUCGUCGAUUUCCUGUACCCUUGGUGUCAUCAUCUCGCGGUGACAGACGAACUCAAGGAGUUGACCAUCCUCGAAUGCUAUAGCGGCAGUGAAGUCUCGAAAGUAGAGCUCGAUAUGGAAGGCGUUAUAUCUGCUCAGACGUCACAUCCGGACGAUCCAUUGAUCGCCGUUGUCAGCGAUCAAGGUGAGAUGACGAUUGUGGGUGUCGCUAAUCCGGAACAACCAACGAUACUGACAUAUUUUCGUCUUCAGAGAAAAUUCUUGGAUCUCAUAAAAUUUUCUCCCUCCGGCAAAUUCCUGAUUGCCGCGCAAAAGGAUGCGGGCAAUUGCUAUUGCAUAGACUUACGGCGCGACAAGCCAUGGAACGUGAUCGCGCAGCUCCGGACGAAGAAGCGCCUCGUCGACGUGGUACUGCACGACGACGAGGCUCAUGGGAGUUUGAAAGUGCUCGUGCUCUGCGUCAAAUACGAGCUGUGCUCUGCGGCGGGUCACCAGUUUCUCGUGUACGAUGUUUCGUACGACGACGUGUCGCAGCAAGGUCGUUUAAUUGACGAGAUUAUCAGCACGGUGACGCUGCCCGUGCUCUUCUGCGAGUUGUCUCAUGCGCCGGGCGGUGGUUCAUUGUUAAUAGGCUCACCUUAUCUCAAACGACAACUGUACGUGUUCAAGUUGCAGCGGGAAUUCAAGGUCGUGACCUUGGUAGACGCGGUGCUCACGGGCCAUCACGUGCGGCUCCCCCGCGUCUUUGCCGAUCGACGUUGGAUCGUCACGUGCGCCUACGACGGAUUGGUCAUUGUCCGCGACAGAACGAUACAUCAGAUCGUCGCCGCGGUGCCGGCGCAUCACAGACUCCAUUCAGGUAGCCGGAGGGCGAUCAUCGAUCCCGAUGGUAAUACUGUAGUCGCUAUUGGUCAGGAUGGUUCUCUGAUCGCGGUGCGCGUUCAUCGUAAGAGUAAAAAGGAGAGCGAAGCGUUAUCGUCUACGAUUGAGACCAAAAGUGUUUAUCCAGUAAAUCACGGAUGGUACGAGGAGCAGAAAGAGAAGAUACUAUCCGAUUACGCCUCUCUGGAUUCGGCGAUUCAUGCCUCGUUGACUCGUACCAGAAAGGUUUUAUCAGCAGCCGACGAAAAGAAAUACGGAUCCUGGGAGCAAUGGCGAGAGGAGGUGCAACUGAAGAAAGAGGCAAAAUUUUACGCCGCGAAGAAGGCUGCCAUUAUGAAGGAUCUGGAGACCUUGAAAGCCACCGUAAGACAGCUUCUCGAUGCCAACGAGACUUGUCCGGAAAUAGAGAGACUGCCAAUAUCCGCGUUCGAUCUAAACAAGAUGGGCCGCGAUCAGAAAUUGAAGACGGCCAAAGACGAGCGUGAGGACAUUCGUAUGGAGCUCGAGCAUCUCUGCGCUUCGACGAAUCGUGUGGCCAACUGGAUCAAGACGACUUUUUGGAACCCGCAAAUCGUGCUUGGUCGCUCGAUAUUUUCCUUCCGCGGUGACAGAGAAGUGACGAAUUAUCCGCUUGUCGAGGGAGAUCCAUAUUUCAAGGACCAUUUACAAUGGUCGCAGUUUGCCAGGGAUACGAUACGUACCAUCGCGGAAGAUACUUUCCAGCCAUGGCGCAGUUACACGGAACAUCAACUUCGAACAGAAUUGAGUAAAUUCGUCAAAGUGUGUCAUAGAGAUAAGAUAUGCAGAGUGAUUAUGCUCCUCGAAGAAGAGGAGCGCGUGAUCGACCCUGAGGAGCUGGCGGAAAUGCGGACGGUCGAAGGCAUGACGACGCAUCGGUUCGUCGAGCAAUCGCCUUACUAUUUCACGCAGAUGGAGUCUUACGGGUUCGCGCACGUGACGUUAAACGAUCGUUAUCUGAUGCACGAUUACGACAAGCUCCGUGUCUACUUCAACGAACUCUUCGACGACAUGUAUGCGGCGAAGGAGCGAGAAAUGAGCGCAAUACAGGAGAAGAACGAGAGGAUACGUCAUAUAGACUCCGAGCUGAGGAUAAUGUUCGGUGAGAGCCUGCUGCGGGUUCCUGUUGAUCCGCAGUGGCAUCCCAAGGAGAAAGUAGAGAGCAUUAUUCAAGUGCUUCGUGAAGAGGUCAAGGCAAAGCCGUAUGUAACAUCAUCGCAGCAGGAAAUUCUGGACAGGCAAGCGAUGGAAGCCGAACGAAUCAGACAAUUAUUGCUGGCCGAUGAUUUUCGCGAACGCGCCCUGAUGAAGAUGAUGGACGGCGUACUGGAAAUGCGUUGGGAAGAGACCAUCAAAAUAGAUGUGCAAAAGCCCGAGUGCAUGUUGGAAAAACAAUCGGAGCAAUAUACGUCCGACGAUAUCAAAGCCGUAAAGAAGUACGAAGCGGACGUGGAGGCGCUUCGACAGGAACGCGAACGUUACAAAAGAAUACUCGAGGCCGAUUAUGUCAAAAUCAGCGGGCUUCGGCAAGAAGGCAUCGACAAGUUUGACACUAAGCUGAACGAUUUCUUUCAGUUGAAGUUAAAAAUCGAAGCGGCGAUGAAUCAACUGAAGCUGCGACACAUUCGCGGUCGUAUACGAAGCCUGUCGCGGAUCGAGGCUAUACGAGAAGAUGACAAGGUAAAACGAGAGAUAUCCGAGAAAUCUCAUUACGAGGCCGUGCUGGAGAAACACGUGCGGAAGCUGCAUGACAUCUAUCAGGAUUUUCUCACGCAACACGACGCACUCUGUACUCGUGAGAAAGCUAUGGCGAAGAAGUUACAGUACGAAUUCGCUGCACUGUCAAAGGUCAACAUGGAGCUUCUCGAACUACAGUAUAAACGGAGGCCGAAGGUGUCUUUGAAGAACGUUGUUGCCAGCGAUCUGCUCACUCUCGCGCAACACCUUAUAGAUCACACUAAACCGGCUUAUUUACCGACUGAUUGCGCGGAUUACUUGAAGAUCCUCGAGAAUCUCGACGCGAGACCCGAGGGACUGCCGCAGUCGAUCGAUGAUAAUCAUUGGAAUCACUUUACUCAAUCGCGUCGCCAGAAGAUCAACGUGGAACUGAAGAUCAAAGCUCAACAGCUGGAGAUAACCCUGGUGGAGCAGACGAUUGCAGUAUUCGAGCACAAGAUCGACGCUUGCAAAUCGAGCGCGGACUUCCUCAGGGAUCGGUUGAAGAGAACGAGGGACGAGCGGGUGUUGCACGAGCAGGAUACCGAGGUGCAACUGGUACUCAAGAGGGGUCAGGUGGAGCUGGAACUACAGGGUGAACGACGCGAUACCGCGGAUGCUAUUUUGAUGCCGCGUAACGAGAUCGAGAGAGUUAACGAGCACAUUAUCGCCGCGGGAGCGCGCAAGCUGGAUGUCUUGAAGCGCACGAUCGACUUUCGCCAUGGAAUAUUGUCGCUCGAAUGGGAACAUCGUUGCCUGAGAACGCGCUUCAAGGAACUGGAGGAGGAUAUGCACUUUCUGAAGGAUGUCACGGUCACUCGAGAUAUGCGAAUGUAUCUGAAGAGGAAGGCGAAGGGACUGCGCGAUGAUAAAACUGCGGUGCGUCUCGAGAAGGAACUCAGGAUCGCGAAAAAAUCUUUGGACAAAGCAUUGUCCAAAGAGAUGAAUAAGCUGGAAAAUCUCCGACAGAAGAUCACUUGCGUAAAGAAGAAGAACGCCGAACUUGACCGAACUAUCACGGAGAUGAAUGUGGCGAGAUGGGAAUUGGAGUAUCAACGUGAUAUCGAUGGAGAAACAAGACAAUGCCAGCAUAUGGAUCGGAAGAUGCGUCUGUUUAAGCAGCGAUCCGAUCUAAUUAGGAAGCUUCAGGGUAAUUAUGCUGAACUGUUGGUGUUACAGAUCGAACACGAAUUAUUACAGCUACGAACGUAUCCCACGUUGAAAUGCUUUGAAACAUUGGAUGAUAAAGUUCUUUGUGCACAAGUUUUCUGGUAUAGUCUUCUGAAGAGUCCGUUCUUGAGCGAGCUUUCGGCUCUUUUGGCGCCGGCCGCGAUGGAGACUUGA